UAUUUUACAACACUGCUGCAAUUAUAUUUCCUCAGAAAGUUUAUUUCAUUUAUGGGAUAUUUUACAUAGACUUCACAGUUGACUCCUAGAAUGGCUGAGAUUGGCUGAGAAGUGGUCGUUCCAGAUCAACAGGAAAGCAGACUCUCACUAGUCCUUUGCACAGCUUGGUUCUUCAGUUUCCAGUCCACCGAAGCCAUCAGCAGAGAGCUGCAGUUGCUGUUACAAGUUUGAAUAAACAACAGAGAGGUGCAGAGAGAGAGAGUACUAUGGCUCAAGAAAUUGAACAUUAUCUAAUGGAAAAAUUCAAGAAAGUUCUUGAUGGGAAAGACAAAAGUAUCUCCAAAAUUCCCAGGUACAACCAAUUUCAAGAAAUAAAGUCUUUGCUUGUAGACAUUUUCAGCUCAUUCUCCCCUGUAGAUUCAUCCAUCAGGGACAAGCUUUACUACCUCAACAAUGUUGUCACUGAGUGCCAGAUGCUAACAAGAAAACACGGUUUCAAUUCUCCUGAGGAGCUACUCACCAUUAACAGAAUCAGAAGGGAGUUAAAUAAGAUCAAGAGGGAACUCAAGGCUACGAAAGAUAAACUACAACCUAACAAUGGUGUUUCAAGCUCACAGGACACGGAGACAAGCUCACGGGACACAGGGAUUUCGAGGUGGACUACUCAUGUAGUAGAUGAUUCCAAGGUUUAUGGAUUUGAUGAUAAUGUGGUGUCAAUGGAAAAGUUGCUUCUUGAAAAAGAAAGUCAUGAUCGGUUCAAGGCAGUAGGCAUUGUUGGUAGGGAAGGGAUAGGCAAAACAACACUUUGCCAAUUGAUAUUCAACAAACCAGAGGUGAAAAACAACUUCCUUCCAAGGAUCUGGGUGUGUAUGGCCAGACACCCGGAUGACAAUGAGGAUCCAAAACUAGCAAUUGUGAAAAGAAUGUUGAUGCAGCUUGGAGUUGAAAAGAAAAUGGUCAGUUUCAUUUUUAAUGAGAAGCGUGGCCUCGAAGGACUGCUAUGUGCUCUUCACCUGCAAUUGGUGGGGAAGAGGUAUCUGAUUGUGCUUGAUGAUGCUAGGGAGACCGACACAUGGUACGGAAAGUUGGAUUCUUGUCUGACUAGUGAUAAGAAAUGGGACGAUGGGUUUGCAUUCGGAUUGCCAAAAGGGAAUGGGGGUAGAGUCAUAGUCACAAGUAGGAAUGAAGAACUAGCAAAGAUGAUGGUUGGAGAAGAAAAUAUACAUCGCCUUUUGCCGCUUUCAGACCCUGAAAGCUGCUGGAAAAUAUUCGAAGACGCAGUUGAGAAUGAUCCGAUUCUAUUCUAUCCUUCAGACUUGGAAGAUCUGAAGUUGGAAAUCAAUCAAAAAUGUGGGGGCCUUCCAUUAGCAGCAAAAAUGAUGGGACAGGCAAUGCAUGAACAAGUUCCGAAGUAAUCCACGCAGUGGAAUCCAUAGGUAUCAAUAAUAGUAAUCUAAUGCUUCCCAAUUGUAUUUUGCUUUCGAAAUCUAUCAGGUUUUGAUCUAUUAAUCUAGAAAUAUAUCAUCAUAAUUAAGAGAUCAACUUUGAUCCUGCACUCAUGUUAAAUGAGUUUGUAAUUUUUCAUAGUUAACUUAUAUCCAAUGUUGAAAAGCAUGUACUUUGCAAAAUUUGCCUGAUUUAUAUGGAAACUGAAAAGCUGAACCCUUUUGGCGACUUCAAACAAAGCACCAAAAAGACCUUAAUUUGACUGACACUGAUUGCUCUGCUUCCAUACUGAAAGCAGUAGGUUGUGAUCCUUAUUUAGCAUUAUUUUUUAGGUUUUUUGUUUUGCUUCAAAUGUUGAAAUUAGACAAAUUCUAAAUUGAAUUAAAGGGUAAAACUCAAAUAAUAAAUUGAGAAUCUUGGGAAAUGCUUGAAAGGGAAGGUAUCUUACUUAUACCAACUACUUUGAACAAGUUUAAGUGUUUAACUCUCUUUUCCAUGCUACUGGUAGAGUUGGUUUGGAAUGUAGGAUGGGUUCAUGAUCAUAUACUGCAAUCUUUGUCAACCAUAUAUUCAUGGACUUUCUACAGUCAACACCUCCAGCUUCCAUACUCUGCACAGCACAUAACUGAUAAAUCCUAACAGGUGAGAACAUUUACAAAAUGCCUCACCAUUACAUGAGACAAAAUCCAUUCACAUGGUUCUCCCCAUUUCAGUCUCAUAUGGUUGGCCUUCUCAUUAGUUAGAGGUCAAAAAUGGCUUCCUCCCUGGAAUCGUGAAGAAGUGUAUAUGACUCGACCACCAGGUUCCGUUGACCCUUAUCGUACAUCCUCAUAUAUUUGUAAACUCCACAAAGCGACUUACAGCUUAAAGCAAGCACCAUGCACAUGGUUUCACAUCUUUAGCUCUUUCAUCAUCACCUAUGGUUUUCUUGAAAGCAAGCCCGAUGCUUCCAGGUUCACCUUUCACCGAGAUUCUCAAGUUAUGAUUCUUCUCAUAUACGUUGAUGCGAUAUUCAUCUCACAGGUAACACGCCUUCUCUGGUUCAUUCCUCUACUCACACAUGGGUGAAGGAGUAUUGAAAUUAAAGAUCUUCCACAGAGUGAUGCAUAUCUUCUGUAUGAUAUUUCCAUGAUUGUCCUUUAAAGUUGAUGUACAUCUUCCUCCCCAAGUAUCCAUUCAUCCAAUCAUUGGUGAAGGCCCCCACCAGUCCUAAGCCCCACAUGAAAAGCAGCCUCAACAAAGAGGGAGUAAAACUCACUCUCUCAGCAAAGAAUUGAUGCUUUCGUGCUAGCUUUUAAAGGUAUAUUUAUUAAUUUUGUUGGUUCUAAAUCACUGUGAUUGGAUUUGGAACAUUCUGUUACAAUUUGAAGAACAUCAAGGCCUCCUGAACUCAAGACAUGUCUGCGUCUACUCUCAAAUCCAACAAAAACUGCUUUGGGAACAUCAGAGGAGACAUCAUUCCCACUCUGAUUAACCACCUCAACAAAGCCAGAGACUCCCUCUCCGACGAUGAGAAGGACAUGGCUACUCAAAUCAAAAUGCUAUGCAAAGACCUCAUUUACAUUGCGCACGCUUUGACCGGACUCGAGAAUUUUGAAGAAAGGGCUAGUGAUCUUUUCGAGAUUCUCCUAAAACCGCAACACAGUCUCCAUGCCCCAACACAGACUCCCAUCCAUGAGUCCGAAGCUAAGAAAUUUCUGGAGGAGAAGCUUCGGGUGCACAGUAAGGUAAUCAUGAAACUAAAACUCCUAAUUCCGUCUCCUCACAAAUUGCUGUUGAACAAGGACAACCCUUUGGUUCUGCCCGACAUUGGCAAAGAGCCUGAUGGCCUGCCUGACUUACAUUUAAGUAAGGUGUUUAAGGAUAGCCCGGCUCUUAAAGAAUUUCGGGUUGUUUAUAAUAGUCUUAGUGUUAUUACAAAGCUCUGUUUGUUAUGUUUCGCUGCUAUUCCUGCCAAUGAGGCUAUAAAGAAGAGGGUUUUGGUACAUUGGUGGGUUGGAGAAGGGUUUGUGAACCCUCCUGUUGAUGGAGAAAAGACAGUGGAGGAAAUUGCUGAUGGUAUAUUUCAAGAGUUAACCAAGAAGGGCUGCAUUGAACCUGUUUAUAAGAAACGGAGAUCGGUUGUGCACAGUUUUAAAAUGGACCAUCUUAUUCGUUCUGCUGUAAUUGUGAUUGCCAAAGAGGUGAGAUUCUUUAAUUUUGAUGAUAAAGGGAAUCCCACAGCCAAUUUUUCAUCGCAUUCUUAUCGGGCUUGUUUGGUUUAUCGGGUGAAGGGCUCUCGUCAUCUGAUGGAGAAGAUGGCAAAUAAACCACAUGAUUUGGAUCAAAAUAUGGCAAAUAGACCACAUGAUUUAGAUCAAAAUAUGGAAAAUAGACCACAUGAUUUAGAUCCAAAAAUGCUGCAGACUGUAUUCAAUGUGAACGAGUCUUAUCCAGAUUUUUCCAAUGUGGACUGGUCUAAGUUGAGGAAUCUGAAGGUUCUUCAUCUUGGAAGGUGGCACAGCAGGGCUAAGCAUCACAUUGAAGUAGAAGACAUUGAAUUCUUAAGAGAGUUGAUCCAUUUGAGAAUUUUAAGUCUGCAAGGAAUAUCUACGAUUAUGAAACUUCCUGAUUCAGUAUGCAAGCUUCUUAGUUUGAGGAUCUUGGAUCUUGGAGCAUGUCCGAAUUUAGAGCUACUUCCAGAGACAAUAGGCUCACUUAAGAAUCUCACACACUUGGAUAUGUCUGAGUGUUACUUGCUGGAGCGCAUGCCUAAGGGGAUUGCCUUCCUUUCAGAACUCCAAGUUCUUAAAGGAUUCGUAGUUGGUGUUCAUGAUAAGAAUGUUACUUCAUGUACUUUUCAUGAUUUGUCAGCACUGAAGAAGUUGAGGAAAUUGUCAAUCCACACAAGUAGGGCGGAUUUUCCCCUAGAAGAUGAGCUCAUUGUUUUACAACAAUUUGGACGGCUUCGAAAGCUAACGAUAGAAUGGGGACGGUUAUCCCCCCAAGCCACCACUCAGGAUAGAGGCCAGCCAGAUAAUGUUGCUGCUCAACCCACGACAACAAGCACUCAACACAAUGCUGCACCACAGCCAGCAACACCACCAACUAUCACAAAAAAUCAUUCGUUCAGUAAACUGCCAGCAUUCAGAGGGGCGCUUAGGUCGACUGCUACCUUGGCGCCUAGGUCGGCUGCUACCUUGAAUCAGGAAUUAAAUCUAGAGAAACUGGACCUGCAGUGCUACCCUCAGAAGACAGCACCCAGUUGGUUGAGGCCUGGAAAUCUUAAGAGCCUAAAGAAACUCUACAUUAGAGGAGGAGAACUCCGAAAUCUUGGCGAAGUUCAGGAGAACGACAAGUGGGCAGUUGAGACACUGCGAUUGAAGUUCUUGAGUGAACUAGAGAUGGAUUGGAAAGAAAUCCCAGUUUCAUUUCCUGACUUGAUUUACUUGGAGAAAUUUAGAUGUCCUAGGCUCACUUUCUUCCCAUGCGAUGAGAGUGGAGUAUGGCUGAAACCCUGAAAUGGAACAAUGGAAUCAAAGCUACGGGAAAUCUUGGUAUGAUGCAUUCACACCAUUCAGCUCAAGUGAUCACAAUAUUGAACAAGGUUUGUCCAAUAAUAUACACUAAUUUUUUGUUCAGACGUCUUUCUUUUUGUUUUCAAUUACUUUUCCAUAGAAGAGGUUGUAAAAUUAUGUGAUAUGUCUUCUCAUGAGAUUUGGUUUACUUGUGUACAAUAAAUCUCAUGGAAACUUAUUGGCAAGAGUGAUGUUUUAUUAUUGGAGGAAACUAUUCUUUUCUUUAUUAUGUAUAUAAGAUGGACUCCACGUACCAUGUCUGCGCGAGCGCGUAUGU